AUGGGUGAACUGCGCUAUUGGAAAAACAAAUGUGAUGAAGAUCUUACUGGUGAGGUACUUCACCAAACGUGUAUCGAUGUGCCAAUACUGGCAUCUGUGUAA